AGCUGAGUUCAGAAAGUAAACAGAGUUCCAGGCUGCAGCAUGAUGUCUGCGGGACGGGGACUGCAGCUGGGGCAAACCCACGGGGGCUCCGGCACGAUCCCCCGGACCAGCACCUUUAUCUCGGGGAAGGAGGGCUGGCUCCUCUUCAUCUCCCUCUUCAUCUUCACCUCAUUACCCCAGGGGAGAGCCUGGCCCUAUGAUUACAGGUACUUGUACAACCACUGCCCGGGCCCAGAAUGGAACGUCCUGUGCAGGAGCUGCUGUGAGUACGACGUGAUUCGCUGCAAGUGCCCGCUCCAGGGGACUCCGGUGGGCUACGCCGUGCCCUGCUGUCGGAACGCCAUCAACGAGUGUGACCCCUGCAUCGUCCAUCCAGGUUGCAGUGUGUUCGAGAACUGUAAGCGCUGCAACAAUGGGACGUGGGCCCCGAGGGAUGACUUCUUCAUUAACGGCAAAUACUGCGCCGAGUGUCGGCCCGGCUGGUCUGGUGGAGAUUGCAUGAAGUGUGGGGGAGUAAUCCGUAAACGACAGGGCCACUUGGUGCUGGAAAGUUACCCCAACAAUGCUCGGUGUGAGUGGACCAUACAGGUGGACCGGCCCUUCACCAUAGAACUCAGGAUUAUGAUGAUGAGUCUGGAGUUCCACCAUUCCUGUCGCUAUGACUUUGUGGAGGUCCGAGAUGGUGACAGCCUCAACUCGCGUGUGAUUGGUAGAUACUGCGGGAGCAACAGGCCGGCCCUGAUUCAGAGCUCCGGCAACAGUUUACACGUUCUCUUUGUCUCCGAUGGUUACAAGAACUUUGAUGGGUUCUUCGCCACCUUUCAGGAGACCUCAGCCUGCAGCUCCUCUCCCUGCCUGCACGAUGGGACUUGUAUCCUGGACAGUUCUACCGCCUAUCACUGUGCCUGUCUGGCUGGCUACACAGGCAAGAGGUGUGAGGAAGUGGUGGGAUGCCGCAGGCCUCCGGUGCCAACCCAUGGAUCCACAGAGGGUGUGUUUCACCACUCGGGAGCGGGCAUCACUUUCCAUUGCGACGCUGGGUUCGAGCUGCGGGGGUUUCAUACUGGCAUCUGCCUAAGCGAUGGCACCUGGAGUGUGCCUGCCCCGGAGUGUGUGCCAGUGGAAAGAGUCUGUCCUCUACCACGCAAGCCAACACACGGGGACCACUUCUUGGUUUAUGGACCCAAUGACGUCCUCAUUGCGCUUCAGUACCUGUGCUACCAACCCUAUGAACUCAGUGGGACGUCCCAGAGAACGUGUCUCCCUAACAACACCUGGAGUGGGACGCCUCCUCUUUGCACCAAAGUGAAUAACACGCUCACUGAGACAGAAAAGGAUAAAGACAUAGAGAUAAACAGUAACAAAGAUACAGACGAAUCUAAAGAGAAGGGUCCAGACAACACUGCUGGAAAAAAAGAAAGCGCUGGAGGGAAAGAUAUAAAUACUGAGCAUGGGAAUACAACAGCAGUCGAUGUCGAAGAUAAAUAUACCGGGACCCGUCCAGAGAAACCUGUGGCCAAGGAUAGGAAUGAAGGAGAGCUGGAGGAAAGAAAUACUGGGUCACGGAAACCUACAGGGGGCAGCCAAGAUAAGGUGGACGGUGAAGAGCCGGAUAACAGCCUGAACACAGUUGAAAAGGAGGAAACUGAGGAGGGAAAGCCACCUGAGAAAAAUGAUGGCAGCCCAGACACAAACCUGGAAACAGGAAAGACGGAUACCACAGAGACGGUUGUGACAAAAGACAAAGGACAGGAAGAGAAGGAAAGAAAAGAGGAGCAGGUGAAUGGGAAAAGGGAUAAGGACAAAGUGGGCCCCAAUGAUACCAAGCAGAGGACGGUCAUAUCGGAGGGGGACAACACAGUGGAGAUAUUUGAACUGGAAAUGACAAAGAACAACACAGUUACAACUGAUGUGAAGGAGUCAAAGACCGAGAAUAACACCAUAGCUUCUCCAGAUCCCGGGAGGAGAACCAUUCCCUCUCGGGUCAACGUUACUCAGUUCACUCUGUACAGGGCUGGAGGUGAGGGAAAUGGAAAACCAAAAGAAAAACCAACAGUUGAAGGGGAUAAAACAGCUGAGAAAACAAAAGAGGAGUUGGAUAAAGAGAAGGAGAAGGAGAAGGAGAAAGAGGUCAACCAGAGCUUCUCCGAGAAGAGCUGCCCUCCUCUCCCCCGACUGCACCACGGCUACCACCAGGUGGCGCAAGGGCUGGAGCCUGAGACGCUGGAGUUCUACUGUAACCACUCAUAUGCUCUGAGUGGUGACGCCCGACGCACCUGCCAGGCAGACGGAACCUGGAGCGGCAAACAACCCGUCUGUCUCAGAGCAUGCAGGGAGCCCAAAGUGUCGGAACUGGUCAAACAGAGAGUUCAGCCACCUCAGACACCAUCCAGGAAGACACCUGUUCACAAGCUCUUCAGGGCCUCCGUGCUGGGCCCUCAGCCGCAAGGCCCCAGUAAAAGCCCCCCGGUGCUUCCCCAGCUGUCCCAGGGCUUCCACCCCCUCUACACACAGAUAGAGUAUGAGUGCGCUUCUCCGUUCUACCAUCACUCCGGCAGUUCUCGUCGCACUUGCUUGAAGACGGGGAAAUGGAGCGGGCGUCAUGUUUCCUGCUCACCAGUGUGUGGGAAGCAUCCAACCUUUGACCAAGAGAGGCCGGCAGAGGCUCACUGGCCUUGGCUGGCAGCCAUCUACCGCCGCUCCACCAACGGCGUAAAGACCAAGGUGACCAAGGCAGACAGCCUGGCAGGGUCCCUGAAGAAGGAUGGCGGAGCAGGAACUGGCAGCCGCGAUCAGGCUGCUGACUGGCAGCUGGUGUGCAGCGGGGCUCUGGUCAACCAAAGGAGCGUGGUGGUUGCGGCCCACUGUGUGACGGAGCUGGGGAAGGUGUAUCCUCUGGAUGCAGCCAAGAUCAAGGUGGUGGUGGGGAAGCAUUAUCGUGAUGACCGCAGGGAAAGUAAAGGUCUCCAGCACCUGAGGGUGGCCUCCAUUGCAAUUCAUCCACACUACGACUCCAAUAUUCUGGACUCUGACAUUGCUGUGGUAAAGUUAUUGGACAAAGCGAGGAUUGGGGAGAAAGUCCAGCCCCUCUGCUUCUCGGAAACCCAUGUAGAGGUGACCUCCGGACAUGGGCUGGUGACAGGCUGGUCCCCACUGCCCGAUUCCAAUUUAGGUGCGGAUGAGAAGGCGAGGGUUGGGCUUGUUCGCCUUGCCGAUGUGGUCCCUUGUGAGCAGCAGUACGCUCGUAACGGCGUGCCGGUCAGCGUCACAGAGAACAUGCUGUGUGCCAGCCAGAAGCCAGACUAUGGACCCUCUAACAUAUGCCCCUCUGACACUGGGGGAAUCCUCGUUCUCCCUGCGCUCUCCGACAACCAGCAUCUCCCUCUGAGCUUUACACAGGUGCAGGGCCAGAACAAAGGGCUGUGGAGGCUCCUGGGACUGGUCAGCUUUGGUUAUGACCAUGGGGAGUGCAAUCCAGACCUUUACACAGUCUACACACAUGCGGCCAACUUCAAAGUAUGGAUAGAGAGCAACAUGAAAUAAACAUCAUACUCGCUGACACACCAGCCCUCCCCCCCGCCCUAUACUUAAAAAAUAUUCAAAUGCCUUUAUAUCUCACUGCCCUCUCCUUUCAGUUUUCUGUCCAUUCAUCAUUUCUAUUCAUGUGUUUUUUGGUUUAAUGUACAAGGGCAUUUUCCUUCUAAAUGCAGAAGUAACACUGGACAACACAGUGAUCUAACUGAAGGGGGUGCUAACGCAUUAGAUGUGCUGGAGAAUCAACCUUUGAAACGAGAAGACUUCAGCGUUCAGGUCCCUCAGGUUUCAGACUUUAAAAAAUGACCAGAAAACCAUUUCAAGCCUUGGGCCGACGAUGGUCUGUGUUGUAAUCAAUGUAUAUAUGAGUUAUUCUAUCGAUUUAUAUGACCCGUGAGAUGUACAUAUUGUAAUGAGAGACUGAAAAAUAAUGAUGUUUUUAAUUCAAAUAGAAAUGUGGGUGUGGUAACGCUUGUCAGAUUGAUUGCUUUCCAUGUGCAUCUUGCUGAUGAGGAACAGAGUUAAUACGUCACAUUGAGAGCUGUGAAACACCUCACAUUUGCUCCAUGAAGCACACAGUGGGUCUGUGUUGUGGAGCAAAUGAAUCCAGGUCAGAGCGGCACAACAACCAUAAACGGAGCACAUUAUUCACAGAUCAAUUCUCGCUUCUGUGCUCAAAUUAAAUCAAUUACUCCCCUUCUGACCCUCUUCCAUUAUUCAGACUUGGGUUUACCUAGACAGAGGCUCUGCAGCCCUAUAUUGAGUUCCAAAAAAAAGAGCAAUAAAAAAUACAUUAUUUUUCCAUCUGUGGGAGCUUCAAUAGAGAAGCUGAGCUUUGUUUGUUCUUUUCAUUAAAUUUUUUUGGAUUCUAGAUAUAAAUUCGGUUUACUAGGGGCUUUCAGUCGAGUAUUAAAUCAAUGAUAAAAUAACCAAUUUCUUCAAAAUGCAAUAAUGAGAGGGGUGAAAUCAAGCGAUUCUCGAAAAACUAAAUAAAAUAAAUUGCAAGGCGAUAAAACCUCUGAGACAUAUGAGAGCUGUGAUGUACCUGCCUGUGACUGUGACACUUCCAAUGGCAAAUAACAGACUGACUGUACAUAUUGCACAAUCCCUCCACUGGUUCUUAUAUUAUAUUUUUGUUUAAUAUUUUUCAUAUUUAUACUUGCACAAAUACACCACAGCUAAUUUCUUGCAUGUGCAAACCUGCUCGGCACUAAAACCCUGAAUCUGAUUCUAGAAAUGAAACAAAUGGGGGAGCAGUGAUUUAAUGAGUCUUCAAGCGUCAGGCAAUAAGAUCCAGAACUGAAAGGUCCUAACUGAUAAAGUCUGGACAUUAAAGUCUUGAUUUAGGCUGCAGUCAGAGGAACCCUGGAUCAGGAUGUGAUCUCCAGAGUACAAGAAAAUCUGCAGUAAAGCUGCGACUCAGAUAAUGAAGACCUUUAAAUUUUAAUCGUUGACUGAUAUACAAGCUCCUUUCAUAUGGUUGCAGGCAAAAAGGUGCAUCCCCCUUGACACGGAACCACAUAUGCGUUUAUUUGGAGUCCCUCUCCUCUGAUGGGUCGAUUUGGGCGUAUUUGGAGUCAUUGUAGAUUUGGGGGAGAAAGCCUGAAAUAAAGUGUGUAAGGAGGAGAGAUGCAAGGAUGUAAUUAGUGGUGCAGUGUCUGAUCAAAACUGUUUUAUAGGAGCAUGAGCAGCAGUAUAAACCUUAAACAGUUCUGUUAUAAGCAAUCCAGUGCCACAAUCUUCAUGUCACGAUUCUGCAGCCUGUGGCUUUAGAUGUAUUUUUUCAUCUUUACCCAUAUUCUGGUAUUUUGGUACAAGAUAUUUCACUUUUGGAGUCUCUGAGUUUUGUUCAUUGAAAACAUACAUAUGCAACCAUUUUCCUCUCUUGAGCUACUUCAAUAAUAAACUUUAUGUUUAGAGCACUUUCUAAAUGUCGUAGAGAGCAUAGGGAGGCUCCACGCAUUUUCAAAUGUUGCUCAAUUUCAAACCAAAGCUUUCAGUGAACGUCUCACAAAGGACCUCUGUCAAUAUCAGUUGAUCCCCAGAGUAAACCCAGGUUAUGUAUCCCAGCGUCUCACUUCAGAUACAAACUUCAAAUUCAGUAGUACACGCAUGGUCUAUGACUGUACAGCAAACAUACCUCAAAAGGAAUCACAUAAAAUAUAGCUUGACCGUAUUAUAUAUUAUAAAUAUUCCAAUUCGUUAACAAUGUUUAAUCGUUAAAGCCUGACUAGAAAAUUUUAUGAUUUUUCUGAAACCUUAUAUAAUCAAACAUGGCUCGACAGCUCCCAGACUACGAUCUAUUCUGUCAAGGCCAUAAAUCUGGGGAGCAAGGCGAUGUCGUUAGAUACAAAUUUUGGGAUGGGCUUUUGAAAACUUUUCGAAGUCGUUCUCUUCUUGGUCUUCCUGUUAUUUAUCAAAGAAGA